AUGAAGUGGAUGGUGGUGGCCUUGGCCAGCCUCCAGCUCUUGGAGGCCGCAGUGGUCAAAGUCCCCCUGAGCAAACGAGAGUCCAUCUGGGAGACCAUGAAGGAGAAGGGCUUACUGGGGGAGUUCCUGAGGACCCCCAAGCACGACCCUGUGCAGAAGUACCACUUUGGCAACCUCAGUGCCAUCUACGAGCCCCUGGCCUUUCUGGAUAGUCUCUACCUUGGUGAGAUCAGCAUUGGGACUCCUCCGCAGAACUUCCUUGUCCUUUUUGAUACUGGUUCCUCCAGCCUGUGGGUGCCCUCUGUCCACUGCCAGAGCCAGGCCUGUGGUAAGUGCUGGGCUUGCAAGGACAGGUGGCCGGUCCAGAGCAUCCAGGUUCCCAGCCAGCAGUUUGGCCUGAGUGAGCUUGAGCCAAGUCCCUAUUUCCUCCAUGCAAAGUUUGAUGGCAUCAUGGGCCUGGCCUUCCCUUCCCUGGCAGAGGGUAGGACCACCACCCCCCUGCAGGGCAUGCUGCGGGCAGGUGUCCUCUCCAGCCCAGUCUUCAGCUUCUACCUGGGCAGACAGAUGAACCCUCAGAAAGGAGCAGUUCUCAUAUUCGGGGGGAUCGACCACAGCCUGCACAGGGGUCCGAUCUACUGGGCCCCCGUCACUCAGGAGCGCUACUGGCAGAUUGGCUUUGAGGAGUUCCUCAUUGGUGGCCAUGCCACCGGCUGGUGCUCCCAGGGCUGCGAGGCCAUCGUGGACACAGGCACAUCUCUGCUCACGGUUCCCCAGCAGUACCUGAGUUACCUUCUGCAGGCUACAGGGGCCCAGGCGGACCAGUAUGGACAGUUUAUGGUGGACUGUAACAACGUCCAGAGCCUGCCCACCUUGACCUUCCUCAUCAAUCGUGUGCAGUUCUCCCUGCCAUAUUCCUCGUACCUCUUCAGAGGAAAUGACAUUUGUGCCAUUAGAGUCCAGGCCACCUACCUGCCCUCUAGCAGUGGCCAGCCCCUGUGGAUCCUCGGGGACGUCUUCCUCAGGUCCUACUAUUCCAUCUUCGACAUUGGCAACAAGAGGGUGGGCUUUGCCGUUGCCGCCUAG